CGGAAGUGUUAUUACGGAAAUGCUGUUUAAGUUAGAGUUGUAUUAUGAGUGCUUUUAGAUCGCACACUGACAAUACGUUUUUAUAUUAAUUAUAUGUGGAUGAAAAACAAACAAAAAACAUUUGAAUAAGUACACUUUCCAUUUGACACGAUUUAAUGGAACAAUGGAAUAAAACAACACCUGCGAAUACCAGUGAAUCUUGCAUUUGAUGCAGUGAACAACAAAGGCUGAUAGGAUGGAUGAUAUCUACACUUUGCAACAAGAAGUGGGACGGGGCAGCUAUGGAGUGGUCUUCAAGGGACGCGUGACAGAGACUGGCUGGUGGGGCGAGAGGGGUGACACAGUGGCCAUUAAACGUCUACCAUGCUGUAGCCCGGAGAGUAUCGAGCUGUACCUGCAGGAGCUCUGGGCUAUGAGAAUCACUGCACGCAACCAUCCCAAUGUCAUCGCUCUAUACAACUGCCUCUUACAGACUGGACCUAGAACACUGCAGCCCCUAAGAUCAGGGAAGCUGCCAUUGGAUUUGGUGGAGAGUGUUCUCAAAGGGAAAGUGGUGGACAAAGACUCGAAAACCCAAAUAAGGAAUCCUUCCAGGUCAAAGAGGAGGCUGAUGUCCACAGAGGAGGUUCCCAGGCGCUGCCUUGCCUUUUGGUUGGUGAUGGAGUACUGCGAGGGAGGGGAUUUAAACCAGUACAUUCUGUCCAGGCCGCCGGAUGCUGAGUGCAACCAUGCGGUGGUUCAGCAGCUUAGCAGUGCCAUUACGUUCCUGCACAGGCAUGGAAUAGUGCACCGUGAUAUAAAGCCAGAUAAUGUUCUUGUCUGUCUUACUAAAGCAGGACCGGUCAUGAAGGUGGCAGACUUUGGCCUCAGUAAGAUGGUGGACAAUCCUACAGAUGGUGUCCAGAAUAGACUGGCUCUUUCCUCUACCUGCGGCUCAGACUUCUACAUGGCUCCAGAAGUUUGGGCAGGCCGUAGUUACACAGCCCAGGCUGACAUCUUCUCUGUGGGUGUGCUUUUCUGGGCUGUGCUGGAGAGAAUCAUUUUCCUAGAAGAUGGCACCAAUCAAGAACAACUGGGUGCAUAUGUAAUGCGAGGCCGCUGGCUCACCCCAUUAGGUGAAGCGCUGUGUCAGAAUCCCGACCUGCAGUUGACCAUCCCUAUGAGGGCAAGACGUGCUCCGCCGCUGCCGCCGCCUCCAAACCACGCUAUGUGCGAGCUACUGCUGGACAUGCUUGAUUCUGACCCUGACGCCCGGCCCACUGCAGACCAGCUGGAGAAGAGGGUCCGGCAUGCCAUAGAGCUGCACUGAUCUCAGAGCAGCAUGCUAACAACCAGUCUACUGAAUAACUUGAAGAUGAAGCCAAUAAAAGUUAUCGAACAGAUGUGGUACUGUUCGUCCAGUUGGAAAUUGAGACUUAAAAAAAUAGAUUUAUGUGUUACUUGCCUUGCAUUUUCAUUUAGGGCUGUGUAUCUGUUACUAUAUGAUGCUUUAUGAAUUGUACUAUAAUUUCAAUGCAAUUAGAAUAUAGGGCUGCACGAUAUAUUGAAAUAUCGCAACUGCUUGCGAUAAACAAUGAUUUUAAUACUACAAAAAGUGUAUAUAAUUAUAUACUUGUCAAAGAGUUGGUGGUAUUUUAAUUGUUUGUUUACAUUGCUAAAAAUAUUUUUUUUUAUGUAAUGCUGCUGUAAACACUGCUGUUCACAUGAUUCAGAAGUUGUAGUGAUGCUUUAUUUUGUUAAAUAGAACUUAAAAGGUUAGUUCACCCAAAAAUGAAAAUGUCAUUUAUUACUCACCCUCGUGUCGUUCUACAGCCGUAAGAUUCAUCUUCCGAACACAAAUUAAGAUAUUGUUGAUGAAAUCCGAUGGCUCAGUGAGGCCUCUAUUGAGAGCAAAGCCAUUCAAACUCUCAAGGUCCAUAAAGGUACUAAAAACAUAUUUGAAACAGUUCAUGUGAGUUCAGUGGUUCUAUCUUAAUAUUAUAAAGCGACAAGACUACUUUUUCUGUGCCAAAAAAAAACGAAAUAAUGACUUUUCAACAAUAUCUGUAUAGGCUGAUUUCAAAACACUGCUUCAUGAAGCUUCUGAGCUUUAUGAAUCUUUUGUUUCGAAUUAGUGAUUCGGAUCUCCUAUCAAACGGUUAAACUGCUGAAAUCACGUGACUUUGGCGCUCCGAUUUACUGAUUCAAUUUGUAAAGCUCUGAAGCAUUGUUUUGAAAUCGGCCCAUAUAGACAAAAAGUCUUUAUUUUGUUUUUUUGGCGCACAAAAAGUAUUCUUGUCGCUUUAUAAUAUUAAGAUAGAACCACUGAACUCACAUGAACUGUUUCAAAUAUGUUUUUAGUACAUUAAUGGACCUUGAGCAUUUGAAUGGCUUUGCUCUCAAUAGAGGCCUCACUGAGCCAUCGGAUUUCAUCAACAAUAUCUUAAUUUGUGUUCGAAAGAUGAAUGAAGGUCUUACGGCUGUAGAACGACAUGAGGGUGAGUAAUAAAUGACAUUAUUUUAAUUUUUGGGUAAAUUAACCCUUUAAAACAUUCACGUUACUAAUAUAAUUUACAGUUUUUAAAUAUAAUUUAAUUUCACAGAAUUAAAGCAUUAUCAUGUCGUGUUUUUCUUCAACAUCUUGCAGCCCUAUUAAUAUAACUCAGAUAUUGCUCUAUUUUGUGGUGUUUUCAAUGAUUAAAAUGUUAUUUUAUGUAUUUAUUUAGAAGACUACUAAAGAACAAUACAAACAAGUGAAACAAUACAA